GCUAUGAUUAUACCCUUAUUCCAUUCGAUUGUUCCUGUUUGUCUUCCCGUACUCGGUGGUGUACCUGUGCGCUUACGGCCUUGUGCCACUGGGCCACUGCUCGAACUGAUACAUGAACAGCGUACGCCGCUGAGAAAGAAAAAGGCUGUUGAUUGAUACAGUGAAAAUCGUUAAUUACUCGUGUGAGCGUGUUUCGCGCCCCGUUCUUAUUACGUGCACCUAACAACAUUUUCUUCAUUACAACCAAGCAGUCGGACAGGCAGGAGGAGUGAUUCCUAUUACUAGUAGUGCUACUUAAACAGGAGGUUUUCUUGGGUAGGAGGGAGGUUCUUCGGCGUGCGCAAUGGCGGAUGCCGUGGUUCCUCCAUCGCCACCCGUACGACCACCGGUGGCGUUCAAAUGGCGCGAUAUCACCGAGAACUUUUGUUCAGCUGCAAAAUCGCUUGCGCUCGGCGAACUCUUCAGGGACAGAGACUUUACCCUUCUUGAGGCUAUGUCCGCCAUCGAGAUGAUGGACCCCAAGAUGGAUGCAGGAAUGUGUAACGCAGCAAAUAAUAACAAUAACAAUAACACUAAACCUGUUCAACAAAAAAAUGGCGAUCUUCUACCCACAGACAGCCAGGCGCUGCUUUCGAAAAGGUCAAAACAGGGAGGCUGUGGGGUCGCAGAGGAGGCUGUUGCAGAAGGACGCCUUAAGGUGUCAGAUUUGAGUGCGUUGGAGAUCCGAGCCGUUCUAGACUCAUCGCUUCGUCUACUAGCUAGUUGGCUUGAAGGCCACUGCUUAGCUCAAACGGUGUUCACAAAUCUCUACCUCCAUUUAAAACCAUUAACUGUCAUCGAAGAUAGGACGCUUCGCUCUGUAGCCCUUGCCACAAUCAAACUUGUAGUAACAAUUAGGGAUAUCGUAUACCGCAUUGGAGCUUUUGAGGAAGAGGAUUUCCAUGGAGUUAUGUACAAUUUUUACCUUGCUUUAGAUGUUCCCGACGCUAAAGCGUACUCACUACUUAAGGAGUGUGAGGAUGAACUUCAGAAGCGUGCGAAGCGAGCCGCCCGACAGGUUGAUGAUGUCAAAUCAAGUGGAAGCCUACCAGCAUCUAAUGGAGAUACUGCCGAAGAUCACAGACAACCGGAAAAAACUGUCGAAGAGAGAUUAGCCAAGCAGGUCUCACCUUUGGAAAUUGAAGAUACACUUGAAAGCCUUUGGGCAUUGCAAAUUAGAUUGCGCUUUAUGCGGCUGUUUUUUCAAAGUCUGUGCGUGUUAGAAGCCAGGCCAGGCAUGGCGAGAGGAUUCGGUGUGGCCCGAAGGAUCCUUCAAAGUGCGGCCGAAACUCUAAAAGUCAUCAGAGAAACCAAUAGAAAUAAUCCUAGCAAGGACGACGACGAUGACAGCUUUCCGACAACUCCAGGUUUCGACGCAACACUUAAUCAAAGACUUCUACCGUCAACGUUUCCACGACACACGAAAGUUGCAAGCUGUCGACAAGCAUAUGAAUAUCUAGCAGGAAUGGUUGAUCGGAUGCUCGAAGCGAUGCAGGUCGUGGGUUUGUCGAGUUAUAACCAAGUUCUUGAUUUUUUUGAGGAGUUUUCAAAGAAAGCACCUUGCGUACUUUCACGCUGUAUCGGCCAGCUCGUUUAUAUUCCUCAACCCGGUCUCGUGUUCGGCGUAACGAAAGGCAUUGAUGUAUUAAAGGACGCUGUCAGAUCCUUCUGUCGACCACCCGUGUUAUUAGCCAAGACUCCAUUAUCCCAGAUUGCGGAAUGUAGAGAUUGGGUUGACGGCUUAUUAAUUCGCUGUGUACAUCCGCUAUUCGGGUUGCUACAGGCGACGGGUCACAACCGGGCACGGCAGCGCGAAAAGGCGGCUCGACUCCUUGAAGACCUUUCGUUAGUACAAGAAGAGGCCGAACUUGUCGAUUCACGUUUGGUGGCAUCUCAACGUGAUGUAGAUCCACAAGCGCCGGCUUUCCAAUGGUUCACGAUGUGGCUGAUGGCGCAUGUACUUCGAACGCAGAUAAGAUAUUUACUUGCAGGGUUUGAGUUGGAGCUGUACGCUGUCCACGAAUAUGGAUAUAUCUUUUGGUACUUGUACGAGUAUUUGUACCGCUUUCUUGUAACGGUCCUCUCUCAGGCUGACCACUAUUUGGCAGAUUGCGAUCGAAGACUUAAACGAAAACUGAAAAAAGAUCCUCGAUCCCAAACGAAGGCUAAGAAGCCGGCUAAUAAAGGCCAAGGGUAUCAUCACAAGGAAUUAGUGGCGCAUCAGGCAAUGCAGAAUGUUUGCGGUGGAUUGUAUAAGACCAUGCUCGGUCUGCGUAUGGACGGAAAGCUCCAACAACCGCAUCAGGAGUUCGACACUGAGAGAACUCGUUUCGAACACCGAUUUGCCGCUUUCCGAGCGGUAGCCACCCCGCCGGUCGUUAGCUACGAACAAUAUCGUGACCUCAACGACCUCUCUCGUCUGGCGGGUCAGCGUGAAGGGCAGCAGAAUGAAGUUGAGUUAAGUCAUGAAUCGAAUAAGAAAAAUCCCCACUUGGGAGUUAACGCCCUCACGUCGCGCGAUAUUUAUAGUGCCGCGGCCAGAUGCUUCACUCAAACGAAGUUUCUGCUAGAGUCUAGUGGCGACGCGCUGAGUGAUGAACAGCAAUCCCUACUUCGACUAGCAAAACAUAACCUCGUAGUCGUGAAUCUCCUCGCCAGUGGACAUUUACCUGAUGCCAAAAUCUUAUUCGACCGAGGUCAUCAUCUUUACUUUCCGCUGUUGAGACUUGCCUGAUGAGAAUCGGCAACAGGCAUCCGAAAAAGCAAGAAAAACCAGUACAACUUCAUUGUAUUAAACAUCCGAGUCACGUUUACAGGAAGCAGAAAAACAUUGCUUCAUGCCUUUACGUUGAUCGACAGCGACAACAGCGGCAACGAUGUAUCACCAAAAAUGGGUCUCUAUACCUGGGCUCGAAUCGGCCAUCGGCCGACGCCUCAGUGACAUUCGUACUCCAAGCCAGCUAACGGUUGACUUCGUCAUUGCCAGACAGGCACCACGAACGACAAUGCAUAUACGAGAUUAGCUAGACUAAAAGUGAGGAAAAUUAUAAACAGUAAAGUAAAAUGGCCUAUGCUGAUUCUAAUAUGCGUGUAGGGCUGAGGAAAGAUAAAACAAGACAGCCUAGAAUAUAUGAAGCACAGCCUCGACAUGAGAAGUGUGCAGCUUUAAAUUUUCUUUCACACUCUAAAUUAGAUUUUUUAUUGACCAUUCGUGACCACUUGGUUGGUAGCAAGGGCUAACUACAAAUCUACUUUUUUUUUUUUAUGACUGCUUCUUUUUCGUUGCAUCGUUUUCUUGUUAAUUGCUUCCUUAAAGAAUAUUUUUAUCCUUUCAUAAUUGACUGAUAUUUAUUGCUUUUCAUUGAGAUAAUUUUGGGGAAUUGAGCCCAAAUACCGAAAUCAAAUGUAAAAACUUGAAUAUUGCUGAUAAUUUUGGGAGUUUUGCACACUAGAAGUACUCGAUUGAAGCUGUGUGAUAGGUUCAAGAGAAUUGCUUUUUUUUUUGUUAUCGCUUGGACUCUGCUCAGGUUCGGAAGUCUGCGCAGCUAACUAUGAACACAUCAACUAGGUGAGCGUGUGUUCAACUAUGUACUUCAGUGGAAGAAAAAAAUAUGCGAACUCAGUUUCGUGUUGCAAUAUUUGAAUAGUGAAUAUAGUCACGGUGCUCGUGCGUAGGUGGGUGGGUGCUUGUAAUGAUAUCUUCCAUAUGCGCCCAUCGUUAAUCUUAUUCGUGGGAACAACAGGCGUCCAAAGAGAAUGAAAAAGUAGAAAAUGGUAACGUUAAAUGGAAAGAGCGUGCUAAAUCAGACUCCUUUGGUUCGAUAGGAGUUUUCUUGCUUUAGGUAUUUGAUGGUUUCUCAGUUCCCAUGCAGAUAGCAUAGAACUGUACGCGAAGACGUGUGAUGUAAUAAUGCCUGUGUGUCACAACGGAACUUUCAGGAUGAAUUAAUAAGUUCAGCUUACUUAAGAAAGCGACAUACCUAUAAAUGACGACUAAACAUUUUAAUAGCUAGCUGUGAGUGGAAAAUCGGCGCCAUCGUCAAAAACAAUACUUUUAUACUUGUAGGCUAUCAGUAGUCACGAAUUUUAUGAUGGUCCGACACCACGGUCAUCAUGUAAAAGAGAACCUUAUACAAGAUAGUACUCUUCGGCGAGAGAGAAAGAGUUCGAAUAUUUUGAGCGUCCAUUCUGUUCAUGUUUCCUCAAAACCCAUUUGCCUUGUUUAUAAUGUAAUGUUAAUAUUUGAUUAGCGAGACAAAUUUAAGGGUUCUAUUGGGAACAAAGCAACACUGUAAUGAUAGAUUAUUUCUGUUAAAGGGUUUAUCGUGACGACCGAAAGGAGCUUGUGUUGUUUGUAUGUCUCGCCUAGAUUUUCAAGGGACGCUAUCUACUGGCAUCCAUAUCAGGUUGCUCUGUAUGUAUGGGUAUACACGAUAUGAUGGCUCGUUAGAUUCGACUUAAGUAUACUAGGUGUCAUUAUAAUAUAUUGUCCGCCAUAAAGAAAAAGGACGAACAAAUUAGGCGGUGCAAGAACGACAUGCAUAGAGUUGUAAACAGGACGAACUGGAGUGGUUGACCGCAAAAGCAUCGUUUAGGAGACGAAACAGUGAUGUUUACUGACACCAAACGGCUUCCGGUGACAACAAUAAAACAUCCCUUUUCCGUUGCGCCAUCUACUCCGUUAUGCGACCAGUUGAGGAAAUAAAGUUUUCUAAUUUAAAUCAAACGCUCACAUUACGUCCUUUUUGCAUUGUAUACGACAUUUAUAUUAGUGGUUCCCUUAUAAUUUUUUAAAUCCUGUAUUAGGUAAUUUAUUCGAAACUUCACAAAAAGAGGCAAAACGCGGAAAAAACGGACUGCGUGCUUUCGAUUGUCUUUAAAAAUCUACUACUAUAAAAAAUGUCCUAGGUCAACUACUGGCUAGUAUAUUUACCCGCUUUUAGGGCUUUGACGUAUUCUCUGUAUUUGUGAGGUCUAUCAUGAACGCCAGUUUAUAAAAAAGAAAUCGCGCUCGUUGUUUAAAAAGCACCGUCUAGUUUUUCAAACAUCAAUACUCUAUUUGGAAUGGAAAAGAUCUCGCAUAAUUGUAGUUUAUUAUUACCUCUUUAAAACGCUGUGUUACACACAAGAUUCUGCUAAAGCCAUGUGAACAUUUCGCAAUAUAGUUUGAAAGUAGUACACUGUAGUGGUUUUAGGGACGAUUUGUUGUUGCACAUACGUCGCGUAAGUAUAUAUAGAGCGCGAAGAACAAGAUCUAGAAGUCUUCCUUUAACCUAACAAUAUUUUUGAAGAUUGUAAGGUUCAUUUUUAGAGAAAGUACGUUCCGGUAACCGACUUCAUUUUGCCUAAUGAAAAAUAAAAAAUGCAAACGUUUUGCUGCUUAUUUUAAACUACGAAUUCUUUGGCGUUCACGAAGUCAAAUAAUACGAAUUAUUAUUAUUGAAAUUAUUUAGAAAGUAAGUAAUGCUACUUCCGUCGAUGUCGAGCACAUUUUCUAUCAUUUCACUACGUAGAUCAAUCACGUUAAAUGAGACACGCUAAAAAUAGGGCCUUAUUUUUUUUACAAAAUCUGGAUUCCAAUUGAUAAGUGUACUUUGUUAGCAUUACACGUACACACUAACCUGGUAGAUCUAAACUUGGCUGGGCCGUAUAGAUCAGAUUUGAAGGCUCGAACCACCUGUGUACGAUUUUGCAUAUACAAACAAUAGGAUAACGUGCAGUACAAAAAUAAUUAAGCAUUAACGAUGCGUGCUUAUUGUAAUGAUUGUAAUCUAUAUUAUAAAAUUCUUUAAAACAUUGGUUAUAAACAACAAGGAAUGAAUGAGAUUUGUGGUACUAUUAUAUAUAGUAUAUAAUUCCUUACAUAAUUUAUAACAACGUUUAUCUCAAUUUUUUCAUGACUCUAUCAUGUUUAAUAUGUGCGUUCUGUAACUGUUGAUUCCUGCGUUAAUUUAUAGUUUUCAGCCUC